UUAAAACUCCCUCAAACUUAUAAUUACUCCACUUACACAAUCAUCAUCAUAAAUCCAUUCAAAUCGUUGUAAAAUUGCGCACCUCCUCAUUUUCCCCCACCUCUCUCUCUCUCACUCACUCUGAAAAAGCCUCACGUGCAAGAAGGCAUAGCCUGUAGUUUUAAACAAACACUGUAUUCCUGAUUACUCACAGUAGUACUGUAUCUCUUGGAACCUUCAACCAUAUAUUUUCACCUUUUUUCUGUGUUUUCCCUUUAUUUUUCUAUUUUAUGACACCCUUAAUUGCUUAUAUAAUAAAGCUGUCUACCCCCCAAUAAAGCUACUCUCCUUAUCCCUUUUUUCUUCCUCACAUUUUUUGGUCUCUCUCCUUCAACUUCUUUUUAUUAUUUCUCUCUUAAUCAUCAUUAUUAUCACCUAAUUAUGGCAUUAGAAGCAGUGGUGUUCUUUCAAGACCCACUAAUUAAUAAUAAUCCCUGUUCUACUACUACUAAUAAUUUUGGUAUCAACUUUGAGUUUUCCAAUAAUUAUUUUUCUCAUCAUCCCUCUAAGUUUUUCGAAGAUACUUUUAAACUACCUUUAAAUGUUGGGUUAUUUGAUCUCGUCAAUAAUAAUAAUAAUAUUUACGACUUCAAUAAUAACAUAAAUACUAUUACAACCCCUGAUUUUAUCAUUCAAAAUAAUAUCCUUCAAUGGCAACAACAACAGCAACAUCAUCAGCAGUAUGUUACUACAGCUGAUUAUUCUUCGCCGGAAGAUCAUUUGUAUCAAUCCGGCGAAGCCCCGGCGCCGUCUACAGCUGCCGAACCCCCUGUAAGUGGUGGGGUUCGGAGGAAGAGACGGCGGCGGAGUUGUAAAAACAAAGAGGAAGUGGAACACCAAAGGAUGACUCACAUUGCUGUGGAGCGAAAUCGCCGGAAACAGAUGAAUGAGUAUCUUGCUGUGAUUAGGUCCUUGAUGCCUCCUUCCUAUGUUCAAAGGGGAGAUCAAGCAUCAAUAGUUGGAGGAGCAAUAAACUAUGUGAAAGAGCUAGAGCAACUAUUACAGUCAAUGGAGGCACAAAAGACAUCAAACAAACAACCCCGCUGUCACGACCACCACCAAAAUCCAACGUCACCACCACCACAAGGCGGUGGCGACAACGAAAACAAAAAUGUUGGUAGUCAUAAUAAGUUGGAUUCUUGUACAGAACCAACACCAUUUGCUGACUUCUUCAGCUUCCCACAAUACUCAACUAGGUCAAAACCUAGCUCGCCCGGGUCAGGUUCCGGUUCCGGUUCAGGAAGUAGUGGCAACUCAGUGAGUUGUAGCAACUCAGGUGUGGGUGACAUAGAGGUGACAAUGGUGGAAAGCCAUGCAAACGUGAAGAUAUUGGCAAAGAAAGAAGCAAAGCAACUAAUAAAAUUAAUAGCAGGAUUUCAGGGUCUUCGUUUAAAUGUUCUUCAUCUUAACGUCACUACUGUUGACUCUUUCGUCCUUUACUCUUUAAGCCUCAAGGUCGAGGAAGGAUGCCAAUUGAAUUCAGUUGAUGAUAUCGCGGCUGCUGCUAAUCAUAUUCUUGGUCAAAUCAAAGAGGAAGCUGUAGAUCAGUCACUUUAAUAUGAUUAUGCAUAUAAUUUAAGCUUUUAAUAAUCUGUAUUAGUAGCGCUAAUGACAGGCUAGGUAAGGGGGUUUUCAAUUAUUUAAAAUCGUUGGCCCUUUAUAUUAUCCACAAUAUUUUUUUUCCCAUUAAUAGCUCAUUUUUUUCGCCAUACCUCAUCUUUUUACUGUAAUACUGUUAAAUUACCCCUUUUCCAUGGUGGGGUAAAGCUUGAUUUCAGAAGGCCUUUUUUGUGCA